AUGGCGGCGGCCGCGGUCGGAGUCUCCUUGAGGCGCGGAGUCCCCGCGCGGCUCCUGCGGGCCGGGCCGCGGGCGGUGCUCCGGGAGGCGCACGCGGCAGCAGCAGCACCACGGCUGAAGAAAUUCGCCAUCUACAGAUGGGACCCCGACAAGCCCGGGGACAAACCCCGCAUGCAGACCUACGAGGUGGACCUGAACAAGUGUGGGCCCAUGGUGCUCGACGCCCUGAUCAAGAUCAAGAAUGAGAUGGACUCCACACUGACCUUCCGCAGGUCCUGCAGGGAGGGGAUCUGUGGGUCCUGUGCCAUGAACAUCGCUGGGGGCAACACCCUGGCCUGCAUCAAAAAAAUCGACAGUGACCUCAGCAAAGUCACCAAAAUCUACCCCCUGCCCCACAUGUACGUGGUGAAGGACCUGGUUCCGGACCUGAGUAACUUCUACGCCCAGUACAAGUCCAUCGAGCCAUACCUGAAGAAGAAGGACGAGUCCAAGGAGGGCAAGCAGCAGUACCUGCAGUCCAUCGAGGACCGCCAGAAGCUGGACGGGCUCUACGAGUGCAUCCUGUGUGCCUGCUGCAGCACCAGCUGUCCCAGCUACUGGUGGAAUGGGGACAAGUACCUGGGCCCUGCCGUGCUCAUGCAGGCGUACCGCUGGAUGAUCGACUCCCGCGAUGACUUCACGGAGGAGCGGCUGGCACAGCUGCAGGAUCCCUUCUCCCUGUACCGCUGCCACACCAUCAUGAACUGCACCCGCACCUGUCCCAAGGGGCUGAACCCCGGCAAAGCCAUCGCUGAGAUCAAGAAGAUGAUGGCGACCUACAAGCAGAAGGCAGCAGCUGCGUGAGGGCUGAGUGACCCAGAGUGACCCUGCAGUGACCCUGAGUGACUCUCACACCUGGCAACUCCAGCAAGGCGUUACCUGUGCCAGGUGUUACCUGUGCACCUGCAAUAAAGGCUGUAAAGAACAACUCCA